GUCAACACCGGCAGUGUCAACACCGGCAGUGUCAACACCGGCAGUGUCAACACCGGCAGUGUCAACACCAGCAGUGUCAACACCAGCAGUGUCAACACCAGCAGUGUCAACACCAGCAGUGUCAACACCUAAUUCUCAUCGAGUGACUGCUCCCCACCCCGCCAUCACGUUGUCGGAUAUCUCGCACGAAGAAGCGUCUCGCUCGGCCAUGCAGUACGCAGCGGUCCUCCGCGACUGGGCUUUACGCAAAGCAGCCCCAGAAGAAGUGGAGAAGGCGCCGUGCACGUCAGAAGUGGCUCUGGAUCUGCGGAAACGGAGCCGAGUCGAGGAGGGUGGAUGUUCUGAGGGGAAGAGGGGUAAGUUUCAUGAUACGUGCGUAGCCGAUUAA